AUGGUGCACCCGGGCGCAUAUCGCAUGUGCUUCCCGCUGAAGAUCACCAUGUGGUGGAAGAAGCUGUGGCGAAAGGAGGUGCCUGUCUUCGACGGCUGCGCCUCUCACCUCUCAGCACCUUGGGCCCCGGCCUUAAUUUGGAGUGCCUGCCCGCAGGCGGCGCAGCUCAUUUUUGUGCGGCCUCCUGAGCAGCAACACAGGUCCUGGUGGAGGCUGGAAACUGGCGCCAUGGCCUGGGGCAGGAGCAUGGGCAUGGGCGAGGACUUCUUACUAGAAGACUACCCACCCAAGACCCUGCUUGAAGCUGUUCAGAGCUCCCGCAGUGAGCGCGUUCAGGCACUAUACCAGAGAGGCGAGGAGGCGGCGCAGAAGGUCUUGGAAAGUGGCACAGGCUUUUGUGCUGCCUUGAAUUCCUAUCGCUUGCCGGAAGAGUUGCUUCCGUUUCCUGGUGGCCAACUCAUGGCCUUUGCCCGCAUGGGCAACUACGCAGAGAAUGUACGAAGGUACCAGCGCUUUUUCCGGCAAAAGGUGGUCCUUGCCGAGACAUCGGAGUUGACGCAGUCCAAAAUUGGUGCUGUGGUGGGGCGACUGGCGAAGGUGGUGCCGAACCUUCCGCCCUCCAUGAACUUGAACGUGAACUUGAAGAGCAUCGGGCGGCGCUGGGGCAAGCCACAAAGUGCUCUGGAUCUGUCAGGCUCGGUGGUGGUGUGGCUUCGCCAUGAGCUGCGGCUCAGGGACAACCCCCUGCUGCAGCGAGCGCUGGAGCUCUCGCCCAAGCCGGUGCUGGCCUACUGCUGGGACACGGAGUUUCAUGCCAAAGUAACGCCCUUCGGCAGUCCGAAGGCUGGCCCGCUGCGGCAGCGCUUCAUCGAGGAGUGCCUGCUCGAUCUGAAGCAGAACCUAGAAAAGAUCGGAGGCCGGCUUGUUGUCUUCGCGCAGUCGCCCCAGGAGGCGUUGCCGUUGUUGGUGGCAGAAGGCGCCACAGUGCUGGUGACGGGACUUCAUUGCCCCGAGGAGCGCUUGGCGGAGCAAAAGGUGAGAGAGGCCUUGGCGUUGAAGGGUGUCAAGCUGGAGGUGUUUGACCCAGCAGGCAUCACUGACCUUUUGGGACCCGCCGAGCUGCAGCACGUUGGGCUGCCGGACGAUCCGAUGGAGUUCCCGGAGAACUUCCAAGAGUUUUACCUGCCAACGAGACCUUUCCUGCUGGACCUCUGCCAGGCGGGUCUGCACCCGGCGCCGCAGCUCCUCUCGGCCCCGGAGCUCCCGGAGCUGCCGGAGAUGGAGCUGGCGGUGACGCCCUGUGAGGACUACACCUACGAGUUCCAAGGCGGCGAGAGCGCCGCAUGGGAGCGGCUGACAAUUUGGCUGAGCAACGGGCUCCAUGGCUACAAGCACAGCUUCCGAAACCUCGCAGGUGACUGCUCCUCGCGGCUCUCGGCGCACUUGGCCUAUGGCUGCCUCUCCGUGCAGCGCCUUUUGCUCGAGGUCUUGGGGCAGAUGCCCAAAGAUUCCCCGUCGGUGCACGUGGAGCACUUCAUCUACGAGCUCUGCUGGCGGGAGUUCUUUCGGAAGCUUGCAGUGCGGUGGGGCCCCAGGCUCUUCCAGGUGCAGGGCCCCUUGCAGCUGCAGAAGCCCUGGAUCCGCAACGCGGAGCUUGAGAGGAGAUGGAAAUCUGGCGCCACCGGCGUGCCGCUGGUGGAUGCCGCCAUGCGGGAGCUGCAGCAAACGGGAUACAUGGGCAACCUCUCCAGGCAAAUCACCGCUGCAUUCCUCGUAGAGGAGCUGCAGCUUGAUUGGCGUGUGGGAGCUGACUGGUUUGAGGCCCAUCUGUUGGACUACGAUGUGCACAGCAACUGGGGGCAAUGGGCGCGAUCGGCAGGGGUGGCCCCAGUCAACGACGCCAAGAAGGAGCGCAUGGGGAGCUACCGGUACUAUGAUCUGGCUAUGCAGCAGAAGGGAGCCAAGCAAUACAUCCGGAACUGGGUUCCAGAGCUGGAUGAGUUCUUGGACGAGGACCUUUUCGCACCCUGGCGGGCGUUUACCCUCAUGGCAAGUCCAGUUCGGGCCUUCCACGUGCGGAUCCAUGACACAUUGGCAUCGCAUGCGCUGCAGCGACACUUGGAGAGUCAUGGGAACAAGAGCGAUCGGAAGGUCAAAGCUACACGACGAGGCCCGAGGACCUUUUUUUUCGCCUUCACGGCCCUCUCGGAGGAGCUGAAAUACCGGCUCCUAGCGCUCAACGAGUCAACGCCCGCGGAGGCUGAGCCCUCCAAGGAGGACCUGGAGCAGAUUGCAGCGGAGUAUCGGGAGGCCAAUCAAGAUCUCUUCCAACUCCUGGGCCCGGGCCUCUGA